UAACGCUCAGGCUGGAGACAGACUCGAAUCUAUCCUGCAUUGACUCUUUAUUUCGUGUCAAUACCGCCUGUUUUGGAUGCACCCAACAUUUGCAACAGUUGUUUUCUCUGGUUAUACUGGGCGGAACUAUCUCCCCAAUAGUCAUUUUCCACUGGGCCUUUUGCCCCAAAACAAUUGUACCAGUCAACCAUUUCCAAACGCCAUGGUUUGAGUAGGCGCACCCGUUUUUUCCUCUCUUCGCGAACAAUGUGUGAAAACUGCGCCGAGCUAGUGGAGGUACUCAAUGAAAUAUCGGAUGCAGACAGUAGUGAAGGCAGUUUCCAGCUGAAGAAGGAGCAUGCCCUCAGAGUGUUGGCCUACAUCAGUUCCUGGACCCAGAGGCAAUGUCUGUGCUGCUUCAAGGAGUACAAGCAUCUUGAGGUCUUCAACCAGCUGGUUUAUGCCCUCAUCAACCUGGUCAUUGCCCAGAUCAGCAGCCAAAGGGAUCACCUCUAUACCAUCCACAGCCACACGCACACAGGCGGCGGGGCCGGGGCAGACGGGGCAGGGUCGGAAUGGAGCGGCGGGGGGGCUUUACCUGGACCUCUCCUGCAGCCCUCCUCGCCGGGGGAGGAUGAGCCAGUGAAUGUAGAGAGGGACUCUGCCGAGGAGGACGCCGACACCUCGGACCUGAACCACAAAAAGAGCCAAUGCCAGGCUCAGGGAGUCAACCAGCAGGGUCAGUCUCAGACGACGGAGGGCAGCGGUAUGUCUGGAGACGGUGAAGCUGGAGGAGGCGCUAUUGGUAGUGUAGCGGCAGAUCACCAGGAUCCCUCCAACUCCUGGAGCACAGAGGAGAGGGAGAAGCUACUGCUGUGUGCUGCCAAGAUCUUUCAGAUCCAGUUCCCCCUCUACACAGCCUACAAACACAACACCCACCCCACCAUAGAGGACAUAUCAGCUCACGAGAGCAACAUCCUUGGCUCCUUCUGUGACAUGAAUGACGUGGAGGUUCCGCUGCACCUGCUGCGCUACGUGUGUCUGUUCUGUGGGAAGCACGGCCUCUCCCUGAUGAAGGAGUGCUUCGAGUUGGGCACGCCGGAGAACCUCCCCUUCCCCAUUGCCCACGCCUUUAUCACCAUCGUCUCUAACAUACGAAUAUGGUUGCACAUUCCUGCCGUCAUGCAGCACAUAAUACCAUUUCGCACCUACGUAAUACGAUAUCUGUGUAAGCUGUCGGACCAGGAGCUGAGGCAGAGCGCGGCACGGAACAUGGCCGACCUGAUGUGGAGCACAGUGAAGGAGCCGCUGGACAGCGCCCUCUGUUUCGACAAGGAGAGCCUGGACCUGGCCUUUAAGUACUUCAUGUCCCCAACUCUGACCAUGAGGCUGGCCGGGCUCAGCCAGAUCACUAACCAGCUCCACACCUUCAACGACGUGUGUAACAACGAGUCUCUGGUGUCCGACACGGAAACGUCGAUAGCCAAAGAGUUAGCGGACUGGCUGAUAAACAACAAUGUAGUGGAGCACAUAUUUGGACCAAAUUUGCACAUUGAGAUCAUUAAACAGUGCCAGGUCAUCCUCAACUUCCUGGCUGCAGAGGGCCGGCUUAGCACCCAGCAUGUGGACUGCAUCUGGGCGGCAGCCCAGCUAAAGCACUGUAGCCGGUACAUCCAUGACCUGUUCCCCUCGCUGAUUAAAAACCUGGAUCCCGUGCCUCUGCGUCAUGUCCUGGAUCUGGUGUCUGGUCUGCACCCCAGCGCCCACACAGAGCAGACGUUGUAUUUGUCGUCCAUGCUAAUCAAAGCCCUGUGGAACAACGCCCUGGCAGCCAAAGCCCAGCUCUCCAAACAGAGCUCCUUCGCCUCCCUGCUCAACACCAACAUUCCCAUGGGCAACAAGAAAGGGUCGCCUGCUGCCAGCCCUGACAGCAGCGACAACAGUGACACCCAGCAAAGUGGCGGCAGCGACAUGGAGAUGGACGACCCCAUGAUCACCGGCAGCAAGAGGAGCCAGCAGAGGCUGUCCGACACAGAGGAGUCGAUGCAGGGCAGCUCUGAUGAGACAGCCAACAGCGUGGAGGAGGGCAGCAGCAGUGGUCGCAGCGAGGCCUCCAGCAACGAGGCUGCCUCCAGCCAUGCCAGCCAAUCAGCGGGCAGCCCUGGCAGUGAGAUGCACUCUGACGACAUGGCCGACAGCGAGGCCUUGAAGGAGGAGGAGGAAGAAGAAGAUGAUGAAGAGGAGGACGAGGAUGAUGAUGAUGAUGACGAAGAGGAGGAGGAGGAGGAAGGGAGCCGGCUGGCUGCUGAGAGCACUCAGCAGAAGGAGCCCAGGGAGCAAGUGGAGGUCAGGAAGAGAAAGGCGGCGGAGGCUUUAGGGGAGGGGCCUGGGCCAAGCAGCACAGGGGGUGGGCCCAAACCCAAGGUACUCCCUUUCAAUGCUGAGACUGCUGCUGCCAUGGUUACAGCAGCGUCCACAUCGUUGGAAGGCCGGAUGAGGAUACUGGAUGCCUGCUCCUCCUCCUCCUCAUCUGCCCAGCCAGAGGGUAUCGACAGGGAAGCCCAGCAGCAUCAGCCUGAAAUGGGCCCGUCACAGAUGGUACAGGGGCCCCAGGAGCCACCUCCCUGCCUGCCCCGGCCCGGAGACUUCCUGGGGGAAGCAAUGGGCACUGAGCUUUUCAACUGCCGCCGUUUUAUCGGCCCCCAGCAUCAUCAUCAGCACCAUCACCACCACCAUCAUCACCACCACCACCACCACCAUCACCAUGAAGGCAGUCACAUGGUGGAAGACAUGCUGAGUGCGGAUGACGUGAGCUGCAGCAGCUCCCAGGUGAGCGCCAAAUCGGAGAAGAACAUGGCUGACUUCGACGGGGAGGAGUCGGGCUGCGAGGAGGAGCUGGUCCAGAUUAACUCCCACGCCGAGCUCAGCUCUCACCUCCAGCAGCACCUCCCAAACCUGGCCUCCAUCUACCAUGAGCACCUAGUGCAAGGUCCUGCAGUCCACAAGCACCAGUACUCCAGUAGCCACGCCGUGACGGACAUCAACCUGGACAAUGUCUGCAAGAAGGGCAACACACUGCUGUGGGACCUGGUUCAGGAUGAGGACGCGGUCCACCUGUCUGAGGGUCUCAUCAACGAAGCGGAGAAGCUGCUGUGUUCGCUGGUCUGUUGGUUCACAGAUAGGCAGAUCCGCAUGCGCUUCAUCGAAGGUUGCCUUGACAACCUGGCCCACCACCGGUCCGUGGUAGUUUCCUUACGUCUUCUACCUAAGCUUUUCGGCACUUUUCAACAGUUUGGCUCCAGCUACGACACACACUGGAUCACCAUGUGGGCAGAAAAGGAGCUGCACAUGAUGAAGCUGUUCUUCGACAACCUGCUGCAUUACAUCCAGGAGGUCCGGGAACACAGACACAAGUUUGCACUGUACAGCCACAGUGCCGAGGUCCAGGUGCGCCUGCAGUUUCUCACCUGUGUCUUUUCAACCCUGGGAUCUCCAGAUCACUUCAGGCUGAGCCUGGAGCAGGUGGACAUCCUGUGGCACUGCCUGGUGGAGGACGCUGAGUGUUACGACGACGCGCUCCACUGGUUCCUCAAUCAGGUCCGCAGCAAAGACCAGCACGCCAUGGGAAUGGAAACAUACAAACACCUCUUCCUGGAGAAGAUGCCCCAGCUGAAGCCAGAAACCAUCAGCAUGACGGGACUCAACCUCUUUCAGCACCUGUGUAACCUGGCCCGCCUGGCCACCAGCACCCUGGACACCACCUCCAGCUGUGAGCUGUGUGGAAUGGACCAGUUGUGGGGUAUUGCUCUCAGGGCCCAGUCGGCUGACAUCAGCUGCGCUGCCAUCCAGUACAUCAACUCCUACUACAUCAACGCUGGUAAGACAGGCUUGGAGAAGGAGCAGGAGUUCAUCAGGAAGUGCAUGGAAAGUCUACUGAUGGCCUCUGCCAACCUGGAGAAGGAUGCCCAUUCCAGCCUGACCAGCAUAGAGAGGGGACUGCUCAUGCUCAAAACACACCUGGAGGCCUUCCGGCGCAGGUUUGCUUACCAUCUGCGUCAGUGGCAGAUCGAGGGCACGGGCAUCAGCAGCCAUCUCAAAGCUCUGAGUGAUAAACAGUCUUUGCCCCUCAGGAUUGUGUGCCAGCCAGCCGGUCUGCCCGACAAGAUGACCAUUGAGAUGUACCCCAGCGAUCAGGUGGCGGACCUGCGGGCGGAGGUGACCCACUGGUACGAGAACCUGCAGAGGGAGCAGAUGAACCAGCAGGCGCAGCUGCAAGAGUUUGGACAGAGCAGCCGACAGUCUGGAGACUUCCCAGGUGGUUUGAUGGGUCCAGUCAGGAUGAUCUCCUCUGGACAUGAGCUCACCACAGACUACGAUGAGAAGACCCUCCAUGAACUGGGCUUCAAGGACAUGCAGAUGGUGUUUGUGUCUCUGGGCGCUCCGCGGAGGGAGAGGAAGGGAGAGGGGGUGCAGCUGCCCGCCUCCUGCCUGCCUCCCCCCCAGAAGGAGCACAUCCCCAUGCUGCUGCUCCUGCAGGAGCCCCACCUCACCACGCUGUUCGAUCUCCUGGAGAUGCUGGCCUGCUUCAAACCCCCCAGCCCCAACGCCGAGAGGGGCCCCGAAAGCACAGAGAGUGUGCGGUGUGAGGAGCUGCACCUCCAUGCGGAGAACCUGUCUCGUCGGGUCUGGGAGCUGCUGAUGCUCCUGCCUACAUGUCCCAACAUGCUGCUGGCCUUCCAGAACAUCUCUGAGGACAUGAAUGGGGAGGGUCUGUGUUGGAAGGACCUGUUGAGGAUUAAGAGCCCACACAAACUGCUGUACGCCCUGGAGAUUAUCGAGGCCCUGGGCAAGCCUAACCGACGCAUACACAGAGAGUCCACGGGGAGCUACAGUGACCUGUACCCAGAUUCUGAUGAUUCCAGUGAGGACCAGAUAGAGAACAGCAAGAACACCUGGAGCUGCAAGUUUGUAUCCUCUGGAGGUCUCCAGUUGCUCCUUGAGAUCUUUAACUCAGCCAUUUUGGAGCCCAAGGACCAGGAAUCCUGGACAGUGUGGUUGCUGGACUGUCUGGCCUGCCUCCUGAAGCUAAUCUGUCAGUUUGCAGUGGAACCGGCAGAUCUGGACUUGGCCUACCAUGACAUCUUCUCCUGGUCCUGCCUGACUGAGGGCCAGCGCAAACGGGCUUGGCCCAGUAAGUCCCGCAAGGCCACCAGCGACCAUGGCAAGGGCCUGCACAUCCCCCGUCUCACAGAAGUCUUCCUGGGUCUGGUUCAGGACACCAACCUCAUCCAGCGUUUGAUCAAUGUAGCUUACACCUACGACAACCUGGCACACAGGGUGCUUAAAGCCCAGUCAGACCACCGGUCUCGUCACGAAGUAACCCACUACUCUAUGUGGCUGCUGGUGAGCUGGGCCCACUGCUGCUCCAUGGUGAAGUCUAGCCUGGCUGACAGCGACCAUCUCCACGACUGGCUGAAGAAACUCACUCUGCUGGUCCCGGAGCCGGCGGUGAGACAUGAGGCGUGUAACGGCCUCUACAAGCUCUCUCUGUCCGGCCUGGAGGGAGGGGAGUCUAUCAACAGGUCCUUCCUGCUGCUUGCCGCUUCUACACUGCUCAAGUUCCUGCCUGACGCCCAGGCCAUCAAACCACUGCGGGUGGAGGACUACGAAGAGGAGCCCAUGCUCAGGACAGGCUGUAAGGAGUACUUCUGGCUCCUCUGCAAACUCAUUGACAACAUCCAUGUUAAAGAUGCCAGCCAGACCACCCUGCUGGACCUGGAUGCUUUGGCCAGACACCUUGCAGACUGCAUCAGGAGCCGCGAAAUCCUGGACCAGCAAGACGGCACCAUUGAGGAUGACGGUCUGACAGGCCUCCUGCGCCUCGCAACCAGCGUCCUCAAACACAAGCCCCCCUUCAAGUUCUCCCGUGAGGGGCAGGAGUUCCUGCGAGAUGUCCACAACCUGCUCUUCUUGCUGCCCAGCCUGGCCGACCGCGCCCAGCCAAAGUGCAAGUCCCACGCGGCUCGGGCGGCGGCCUACGACCUGCUAGUGGAGACGGUGAAGGGCUCGGUGGAGAACUACCGGCUGCUCCACAACUGGGUCAUGUCCCAGCAUAUGCAAUCCUCCCAUGCACCGUACAAAUGGGACUACUGGCCGCAUGAUGACGUGCGGGCCGAGUGUCGCUUUGUUGGCCUGACAAACCUGGGAGCCACCUGCUACCUGGCAUCCACCAUCCAACAGCUCUACAUGAUCCCUGAGGCACGGCAGGCAGUCUUCACCGCCAAGUAUGCUGAGGAGAUCAAACACAAAACCACCCUGCUGGAGCUGCAGAAGAUGUUCACGUAUCUGAUGGAGAGUGAGAGGAAGGCGUAUAACCCACGUCCCUUCUGUAAGACAUACACCAUGGACAAGCAGCCGCUCAACACAGGGGAGCAGAAGGACAUGACAGAGUUCUUCACUGACCUCAUCACCAAGAUAGAGGAGAUGUCCCAGGACCUGAAAAAUACAGUCAAGACUCUCUUUGGUGGGGUCAUCACCAACAAUGUGGUCUCUUUGGACUGCGACCACGUCAGCCAGACAGCCGAGGAGUUUUACACCGUCAGAUGCCAAGUGGCCGACAUGAAGAACAUCUAUGAAUCUCUGGAUGAGGUGACCAUCAAAGACACCCUGGAGGGGGACAACAUGUACACCUGCUCCCAGUGUGGGAAGAAGGUCCGCGCUGAGAAAAGGGCAUGUUUCAAGAAGCUGCCUCGGAUCCUGAGCUUUAACACUAUGCGCUACACCUUCAACAUGGUGACCAUGAUGAAGGAGAAAGUCAACACCCACUUCUCCUUCCCCCUGCGUCUGGACAUGACGCCCUAUACAGAGGACUUCCUCAUGGGCAAGGGAGAGCGCAAGGAGGGUUUCCGGGAGGAGAGUGAGUCAAAGGUCACAGAGAGCUACGAGUACGACCUCAUUGGCGUGACGGUGCACACCGGCACAGCCGAUGGCGGCCAUUACUACAGCUUCAUCAGGGACAUCGUCAACCCACACGCCUACAAGAACAACAAGUGGUACCUGUUCAACGACGCAGAGGUGAAGCCAUUUGAUUCGGCCCAGCUGGCCUCCGAAUGCUUCGGUGGAGAAAUGACGACAAAAACGUACGACUCCGUCACGGACAAGUUCAUGGACUUCUCCUUUGAGAAGACUCACAGUGCCUACAUGCUGUUCUACAAGAGAAUGGAGUUGGAGGAGGAGAAUGGGAAGGACUUCAGUUUUGACGUCUCUCCUGAUCUUCUCGAGUGGAUUUGGCAUGACAACAUGCAGUUCCUUCAGGACAAGAACAUUUUUGAGCACACCUAUUUCGGGUUCAUGUGGCAGCUCUGUAGCAGCAUCCCAAGCACCUUACCAGACCCCAAGGCCAUCUCGCUGAUGACCGCCAAGCUCAGCACAUCUUUUGUCCUUGAGACGUUCAUCCACUCCAAGGAGAAGCCCACCAUGCUGCAGUGGAUUGAGCUCCUGACCAAACAGUUCAACAACAGCCAGGCCGCCUGUGAGUGGUUUUUGGAUCGCAUGGCGGAUGACAACUGGUGGCCGAUGCAGAUUCUCAUCAAGUGCCCUAAUCAGAUUGUCAGACAGAUGUUCCAGAGGUUGUGUAUUCAUGUCAUCCAGAGGCUGCGUCCAGUGCACGCCCACCUUUACCUACAGCCUGGCAUGGAGGAUGGCUCCGAUGACAUGGACGGACCGGUGGAGGAUAUCGGAAGCCGCUCCUGUGUGACACGCUUCGUCAAGACCUUGCUGUCCAUCAUGGAGCACGGUGUCAAGCCCCACAGCAAACACCUAACUGAAUACUUUGCCUUCCUCUAUGAGUUCGCCAAGAUGGGGGAGGAGGAGAGUCAGUUCCUGUUGUCACUACAAGCCAUCUCUAUCAUGGUCCACUUCUACAUGGGCACCAAGGGCCCCGAGAAUCCCCAGGUAGAGGUGCUGUCAGAGGAGGAGGGAGAAGAGGAGGACGAAGAGGAGGAUAUCCUGUCCCUGGCGGAGGAGAAGUACCGUCCCGCGGCUCUGGAGAAGAUGAUCGCCCUCAUCGCCCUCCUGGUGGAACAGUCUCGCUCUGAGAGACAUCUAACACUGUCCCAGAGUGACAUGGCCGCACUGACCGGAGGGAAAGGCUUCCCUUUCCUGUUCCAGCACAUCAGAGAUGGCAUCAAUAUCCGCCAGACCUGCAACCUUAUCUUCAGCCUCUGUCGCUAUAACAACCGCCUGGCCGAGCACAUUGUGUCCAUGCUCUUCACGUCCAUUGCCAAGCUCACUCCUGAGGCUGCCAAUCCCUUCUUCAAGCUGCUGACCAUGCUGAUGGAGUUUGCUGGUGGACCUCCAGGAAUGCCUUCGUUUGCCUCUUACAUCCUACAGAGGAUCUGGGAGGUGAUAGAGUACAAUCCAUCCCAGUGCCUGGACUGGCUGGCUGUGCAGACGCCCAGGAACAAGUUGGCCCAUAGCUGGGUUCUUCAGAACAUGGAGAACUGGGUGGAGCGUUUCCUGCUGGCCCACAACUACCCUCGAGUUCGCACUUCGGCGGCGUACCUCCUGGUUUCCCUCAUUCCCAGCAACUCUUUCCGCCAGAUGUUCCGCUCCACACGUUCCCUGCACCUCCCCACCCGGGAGCUGCCCCUUUCCCCCGACACCACCGUGGUGCUUCACCAGGUCUACAACCUCCUGCUGGGCCUGCUGGCACGUGCCAAGCUGUACGUGGACGCGGGCGUGCAUGGCACCACCAAGCUGGUGCAGUACUUCAGCUUCAUGACCUACUGCCUCAUCUCCAAGACAGAGAAACUCAUGUUCUCUGGCUACUUCAUGGACCUGUGGAACCUCUUCCAGCCCAAACUUUCAGAACCAGCCAUCGCCACUAACCACAACAAGCAGGCGCUGCUCUCCUUCUGGUAUAAUGUGUGUGUGGAGUGUCCCGAGAAUGUCCGCCUGGUGGUGCAGAACCCUGUGGUCACCAAGAACAUUGCCUUCAACUACAUCCUGGCUGACCACGACGACCAGGAGGUAGUGCUGUUCAAUCGGGGAAUGCUCCCUGCCUACUAUGGCAUCCUGCGCAUGUGUUGCGCACAAUCGCCGCCCUUCACCCGCCAGCUGGCGUCACACCAAAACAUCCAAUGGGCCUUCAAGAACCUGACGCCCCACGCCAGCCAGUACCCCGGGGCGGUGGAGGAGCUGUUCAACCUGAUGCAGCUUUUUGUGGCCCAGCGGGCCGACAUGAGGGAAGAAGACCUGGAGGACAUUAAACAGUUUAAGAAAACGACCAUUAGCUGCUAUCUCCGCUGUCUGGACGGACGGUCCUGUUGGACCACUCUGAUCAGUGCCUUCCGCGUCCUGCUGGAGAACGAUGAGGACAGACUCUUAGUGGUUUUUAACAGAGGGCUGAUCCUCAUGACCGAGUCGUUCAACACCCUCCACAUGAUGUACCACGAGGCUACAGCAUGCCACGUCACUGGAGACCUUGUGGAGCUGCUCUCCAUCUUCCUGUCUGUCCUCAAAGCAACACGGCCUUACCUGCAGCGCAAAGAUGUGAAGCAGGCUCUGAUCCAAUGGCAGGAGAGGAUUGACUUUGCCCACAAGCUGCUUACCCUCCUCAACUCCUAUAGCCCCCCAGAGCUACGCAAUGCCUGCCUGGAUGUUCUGAAGGAGCUGGUUCUGCUGAGUCCGCAUGAUUUCCUGCACACCCUGGUCCCCUUCCUCCAGCAUAACCACUGUACCUACCACCACAGCAACAUCCCCAUGUCGUUCGGUCCCUAUCUACCAUGCAGAGAGAACAUCAAGCUGAUGGGGGGCAAGAACAACAUUAGACCCCCCAGACCAGAGCUCAACAUGUGUCUACUGCCCUCCAUGGUGGAGACCAGUAAGGGGAAGGAUGAGGUGUACGACCGGAUGCUGCUGGACUACUUCCUGUCCUACCACCAGUUCAUCCACCUUCUGUGUCGUGUGGCCAUCAACUGUGAGAAGUUCACCGACACCCUGGUCAAACUAAGUGUCCUGAUAGCAUAUGAAGGUCUGCCUCUUCACCUGGCCCUGUUCCCAAAACUAUGGACAGAGCUCUGUCAAUCACAGUCUGCACUAGCUAACACCUGCGUCAAACAGCUGUGUGAGGAUCCGGCUUUCUCCGAGUACAUGAAGUGCAUCCUGAUGGACGAGAGGACCUUCCUCAACAACAACACGGCCUAUUCAUUCCUCACCUGCUUUCUGCACAAGGUCCAGGGUCAGGUUCUCUCUGGUUCCAGCUGUUCUAACCUGCUCAGUGUUCUUGUGACCAACCUGCUGAGUGAAGAGAGCAGCCUGCAGCCUGAACUUGCCGCUCACCGCCUGGAGCUCCACAAGACCAGCACGCUUCUCAAUGCUGACCUGCGGGCAUUACUGUUGCUGUUGUCAGUGCACCCACCCCCGGCCCUGGACCCUGCCCUCGGCCCUGCUCUCCAGGAACUUCUCAGUAGAUGUCGGCUGUGUGUCCAGAAACGCAGCGCACUGGAGCUGGAAGCCAAGGACCGCAAGGCUAAAGCUGAAGAGGAAGGAGCCACCCCGGUGAAGCGUCGCCGGGUCAGCGGUGAAGAUGACAGACCUGGAGAGGGCCCCAUCCCCACAUCAACAGGACCCCUCAGCGUUCCUCCCACCUCCUCCUCUUCAUCCUCUUCAUCCUCCUGCUGCUCCUCAGCUCUCCCACCGAGUGGUGAGGCCAAGCCUGACCACCAGGAGGCGCUGACACCCACCAGCACAUCAGACACUGAGACACGUGACUCCUCGUCCCUGAUCGACCCGGGCACCGAGCAGGACCCACCCUCCCCGGACCCCGCCCCUUCAUCCACCAACCUAGGCUCCUCCUCCCCCAAGGAGGAGAAGAUGGAGGCAUCUGCAUCCUCCUCAUCCUCCUCCUCCUCCUCCUCUCUCUUGCAGGAGGCAGGGGAGGCUUACGUCCGAGGGGAGGACCCUGGGCCGUCUCCCAUGGCUACAGUAGAUGGAGAGGAGGAGCGAGAGGAGGCCACCUCUGCUGUCUCACAGGAGAUGGAGGAAAAGGAGGCGGGCUCAAAGACCGGUGGGAACUCUGCCACGCCCCUCCCAGAGGACUCUGGCUUGCCAUCGUCUCUGGGGCUGGUGGGGGAGGGGCCAGAUGGCCACGCCCCCACCCAGAUGUUUCCCAGCGUGGGCCCACCCCCAGACAUGCUGGACAUGCUGUACCGGACGGUGGAAGCCACCAUCACCAUAGUUACCAAACUGGCCAGCAAAGGGCCCGGCCCCACCUCCUCAUGACAUGACUUCAUCCGUUCACAGCCGCUAUGAGAUCUGAAGCCACAAAUGUUCACCCCCCCACCCCCGCCCCCGUUCUGUUUUGAAAAGUUGAAUUUUGUUCUUAGUUUGAAUACUUACUUUCCCCUUCUUCUUGCUUCCUGUCUGGGCUUCUUCUCUGUCUCUUGUUGGUGUCAUGCCGGCCCUUGCUACUGACCUGUUAGUUCACGUUUCAUCCUGUUCAACCCUAACCAGACCCACCCACAGCUACAGUCGCCCUGGUGUGUAAUUAUGCUCUUCAAACAUCUGGACAGCACAUCACACAAGCCGCCCUUCAUCAGACUGAAAAAAAGGAAGGAAAAAAAAAAACUACAAAAAUUCAACAAGCCAGAGCAUUUUUUUUUUCAAAGUGCAAAUAGGUUAUUUUAUGCUUUUUUUUCUUUUUCUUUUUUCUUUUUUUUUUUAAUGAAAAGUGACUUUGUUUGUUUGAGGUUUGCUGUAAUGGGGAAAGGUUUACAGAACUUUUGGUCUCCUUUAUGUAAUUUAAUUUUGUUGCAUUUUUACUGUGUAUAAAAAUGGUCGUCCUCUGUGCCAGUUUUGUACUUAAAAAGAAAGAGGCAAAAGGAAGUUUGCCUUGGCUUUUUUCUGUGGUUUAAUUAUGCCAGUUUACCUGUACAUUAAGAGAACCACACAAAACUUGAUUCUGUUAAGAAUCCUCUUUAGUCAUUGCCUGAAGGUGUAUAUGAAAACAAUAUAUAUAUAAAUAACUUUAUAUAUAUCUAUAUCUAUAUAUAUAUAGAUAUAUAUAUAUAUAUAUGAGCGGUGCUUUAUUUGAUUGUGGUGGAAAUAAAGCCCCUUUGAUGGACCAGUUGGAGCUUUAUUUUCUUUACUGAAAUACAUUCCAUAAUCUGUCAUUUUUGCUUCCUCUGCUGUGUUCUUUUUUCUUAUUUUAAUAGAGGAUUAAUUAAUA